AUGUGCUGUUCGGCAGCGUGGCCACUGGUGUUGGUCGCGGCUUUGGGCGUGGGGGCGCCGCGGGCAAAAGGCACGGCUGCCGCGCGCCUCUCGCUCGCAAUCUCGGAGAAGGGGUACCUGGCAUCGAUCAUCGUGGACGGGCAGUGGAGCCAGAGCCGCAAGUUCGAGUGUGGCAUGGCGUCUCGGGUGCGCUGUGAGCCGCUGGUCGACAUCAACGGCGGUGAGCUGUCGGCCUUGUUAGCGGUGCUGAGGUUCGCGCUCCCGCCAGUCACCGCGGUCGUGGACAGCAACUUGUUGUACUUCGGGCUCGCCCAGUUGGGUGAGGAGCGCACGACCUCUCACGGCUAUGCGUGGACCCACUUCUGGAAGAAGGUUUGGAGGCCGCUGGGGGAGUUCGGCGGGCUGUGUGCGGAGGGCCUCACAGUGGGGAGGAGCGCGGCCGCGCACGGCAGGCUGGGGUCUCGUGAUCGGCAGCGGCUCCUCCACUCGCAGAAGACCGCAGAGGGCGUUGCGAUGUGGUUGGCGGCGGUCGGCUCGGCGCUUGGCGGCCUCGGCGCGACCCAUCGUCACGGCUGCGCAGGCGAGUACCCUGGCAGCAUCGACACGGCCGUCCUCGCCGCCAGUGCCGCUCUCAAGGAGAAGGGCCUGCUGCAGCACUGCGUGGUCAAGCUGCUGCCGAUGAAGGAGAGCGAACUGCAGCGAGAGGUGCCGCGGCUGGCCUGCCUGCUCUGCGGGGCCACGGGGGCGGCAAGGGCGUCUUCCUUCGCUGCACCAUGCGGUGCGCCCAGUGAAGCGGGCAAGGUUGCGCCGGCCAGGCUCGAGAAGCGGUCCUCGCCCGGCGCGGUCCAGAUCGCCGUUGGCCCGAGGAGAUGCUCGACUGGCGCCCGCUUGCAGGCGCCCCCCGCUGCGUUUUCGACGGCACCUUGCCGAGCGACCACGCGCCAGUAUUAUGCUCGCUGCGUCGCCCAGAAGUUAGAUGCGGAGGGGCUGCGGGUCAGCCAGUCGCCGUUCUUCGAGAAGUGGCUCGAGGAGAUCCUGGGGCCCGGGACUGACCCGGGCAAAAUCAGUUGGCGUUUAGCAUGGUUCGUGGAGUUCGCCAUGGGCAAACUCGCCUGGUCUAGCGAGCGGUGGCUGCGCAUCAGGUGCUUCAAAGAUAUUGCAGCGCAGACUCGCGGGGGCGGGUGGAUCGGGGCGGGCCCCACCAGCAUACCGCGGCGCGCCUCGGGCGUCGGGCCCGAAGAUGCCGCCGCCUGCGCUUUCGCAGCGGGCUCUGCCACAGGCUUCGCCGCGGCGGCCGCGGUCGGGCUUCGCGGCGCCAUUGCCGGCCUCGAGGUGGACGACGACGACGACUCCCAGCAGCUCGCGACAGCCGUUCCUGGCGAGCGCUUGCUGGCUUGCUUCGGGGUUUGUAGACAGGCGGCGCGGCUGCUCUCAUGGCGCUUCGGCGACGAGCUCUUUGAGACCGGUUUCGAGCUGCGCGAGGAGGCGGAGCCCGCGGGCGACCGCGGGCUCGCGGCCCGCCAGAUCCGCAUGGCGGAUCUCUGCCACCUCGUCGACCACGUCAGUGCGCGCAGGGAGCUGCUCGGCUGCGUGCGUUUCGAGCGCCACUUCGCGGGGGGCGGGGGGGGCGUCGUCGACGCCCGGAUCGCGUCCGAGCUCCGCGCGGCGCAGGGCCUCCUCGCGCACGCGGUCAGCGAGCUCGGGGGGGGCGUCGCCCCUGUCGCGCUCGGCGUCAACUCGAGCGCGCACGGGCGCGCGCUCCCCGCCGCCGAGGCCCGGGACCUGCCCCCGGUCGCGCCGAGCGCUGGCCCCGCGGUCGCCGUCGGCGCCCUGAUGUCGGAUGGGCGCUGCUCCAGUUCAAAGGCCAACCACUCGCGGGUGCUGUUGUCGCUCGAGGACCGCGCGUCGAAGGUGCAGGCGACGGGCCUCGGGCGGGCGCGCCGCUUGCAGCUGCUUGCGUUGGCGCGCGAGGCGGCGGCGUGGCGGGCGGGGGCCAACGCCCGGCGCAACCCCGGCGACCGCGGGCCGCGGCUGUCUCGCCCGAAGCCAGGCCAGGCCCGCCGAGGGCGGGCCGCCGAGGCGAUUGCCGAAGGGCGGUUCCGACAGGGAAUAAUCGAGGGCGGCGAGUCGGAGCGGGGCGACCUCUCCGUCGCGGCGCCGCUUUUCGGCCCGCGGCUGCCGCCCGGGCUCGAGUCUAGGAGGCGCUACUUCCUGGAGGCGAUCUCCGGGCCAGGGUGCGAGACCCGCCAAGUCCACCAGCGCGCGCGCCGAGCGGCCUGGAAGGAGCCGACUGGCAUGCGCCGCGACGUGCCAGACUUCGCGGUUGCCAUACGACGUGUCCAGUUGCAGGAGUGCUGGGAGGUGGCGCCCUCGCGGGAGAACGAGAUUUGCGUUGCCGUCGGCGAACAGGCAGCCAACGGCCACGGCCAGCCAACGGCGGGCCCGAGCCUCGCGCGGCGAGCCGCGCCCAGAUGGGGGGAUUCGACGCGGGCCCGGGGCGGCCCCGAGCUCCGCGAGGGGCUGGCCAUCAUUGAGCACUGCAGAGACCCGCCGUGCAUCGAUCAGGUUUUCUCAGCAGCGGACUGCUUCCUCAACGUGGCCGUCGGCGACGAGAGGAUGAUCCGCGCGGUGGCCUCGGCCCGCGCGUGCCUCAGCCUGGAUUGCUACCCGCGGCCGCCCCGGGGUCUCCGGCCAGCGUGGGCCGCGGCCAGCCGGCCGCGGAAAAGGCUCCGCCGCGCAAGGCCGGGCGCUGACCGCCCCGCGCGGCGGCCCGCCCACCAGGAACCUCGGCAUUCGAUUCGUCACGGUCUUCGCUGCGCCGGGCUUAGCCACGACCGGGUGGCGCACACGGCGGCGCCGGAGGCAAUGCAGCUCAGGGACUGGUGGGCCUCGCUCGAGCUGCGCGUAGCGGGCGCCGAAUGGCGCGCGUCGUUCGUCAAGUUGGCGGUCCAGAGGUCGGUGCUCAAGGUGGCGCGCCAGCCGGCGCGGUGGGACGAUGCCCUGCAGCAGCUGCACCGGCUGGAGGCGCAAGGCACGAUGUCCAGGCACGACAUCCCGAUGGAGUUCUAUGGCUCCGUGCUGGACCUCCUCUUCAGCGGGGGGCGGUGGCGAGAGGGCCUCCACCUGAUGACCCCCCUCGGCAGAGGCGCCCACCCCAGCAAGGCGCGCGCCGCCACGGAGGCCGCGGAGCUCGCCCCCCGGGAGCGGCGCUACGCCAUGGCGGCCUCCGCCCACAGCGUCAGGGCUUGCAGCUCGGGCGGGCGGUGGCGGCUGGCCGCGGAGCUCGCCGCCCUCGGCGAGCAGCGGCGGCGGCUGCCGCGGGCUGUGGCGCACGAGCUCGCGCUGCAGUGCGCCUGCAAGGGGCUCGCGUGGCGCAGCGGGCUGCUGCUGCUCGACCGGGGCGCCCUCGCCCCGCUCAUGGUCCCGGGCGCCCGCGGCCGCGCCGCGGCCGCCUGCUCCAGCGUGGGCCGAUGGGGCCACGCCCUGGCCCUGGUGAAGAGCAGCCUCCCGCACGAGAGCGACGCGGACGGCGAGCACGCUCGCGCCGGCCCCGCUGGCGGAGCUGCGGCCACCGGGCCCGCCCCCGGCACAGGCCUGGCGGGGCUGACCACUGCGCUCGAGAGGGGCACCCUGUGGGCCUCGGCGUUGGGCGCGCUGCACGCGGCCGGGCUGGGCGGGCUGAGGCGCACGAUCGCCACGUACGGCGCCAUGGCGCGCGCUCACGCCCGCGCGCGCACGUGGCUGUGCGCGCUGCAGGUCUUCCGCGGUGCCAGGGGGCUGCGCCUGCGCGUCGACAGCAGCAUCGUGAGCUUCGCGAUGUACGCGGGCUGCAGGAGCCGCGAUGGUGGCUGGAAGUCCGCGGUGGAGCUUUUCGAGCAGAUGCGGCGGAGCGGGCUCCCUGCCGAGUCCGCAGACCUCGACCUGGCGAUCAGCGGCUUCGGGACCGCCGCGCAGUGGCCCGGCGCGGUCGCCCUCCUCGCCGACCGGAGCCGUGACGCACCGCGGGCCUUGGUCCCCGCAGCCUCGCGUGCGGCGGGUGGUCGCCGCGUGCGAGCGCGGAAACGCGUGGCGGCUGGCGAUGUUGGAGAGGGCGCGGCUCCAGCGGUUUGGCCCACGGCCGCCCAGGCAGCGCGCCCCUGCGCCCGCGGCGCCGGGCAGCGAGGGCCAGUGGCGCUGGGCGCUGGGGCUCCUCGACGACAUGGGCCAGCGAGGCGUGGAGGGCGGCGUGGACGUCUACGACGCCGUGUCGUCGGUGUGCCACGACGGCGGCAGGUGGCCCGCCGCGCUGGCGCUGGCGUGCGCGGAGGAACAAGCAGGCAAAGCAUGGAUAAGUUCUACAGGACAGGCAGUACAAGUGACCCGUUGGCGGGCGACGCCUUCCCGGGCGGCGAGGAGCUCGCGCGCAGCCUCGGCAGCCAGAGCAGGUGGGCGCAGCCCGCUGACAAGCAGGCGCGCGACAAGGUGUGCGACACCCGCUGGUACACCAAGCGCAUGCAGGCGCACGCGCGAGCGAGGCAGUGGAUGCCAGCGUUGCGGCUGCUCGAUGAGAUGAAGGCCAAAGGCAUCCCGCCUGACGUCAUCACCUACAGCACCCUCAUCAGCGCGUGCGAGAAGGGCAAGCAGACGGGACGCGCGCUGGAGCUCUUCGAGCAGAUGCAGACGGAGGGCAUCGUGCCGGACGUCAUCACGUACAACACGGCGAUCUCGGCAUGCGAGAAGGGCCGGCAGUCGACCAGGGCUUGGCAGCUAUUCGAGCAGAUGCAGAAGCAGGGCCUCUCGCCGAACGUGAUCACCUACAACACCCUCAUCAGCGCCUGCGAGAAGGGGAAGCAGACAGCACAGGCGUUCUCCUUGUUCCAGCGCAUGCAGCUGGAAGGCCUCAGGCCAGACGUCAUCACGUACAACGCGCUCAUCAGCGCUUGCGAGAAGGGCAAGCGUGCGGAACAGGCGCUGGUGCUCUUCGAGCGGAUGAGGGGGGAGGGCGUGACGCCCAGCGUGGUCACCUACAGCGCCCUGAUCAGCGCGUGCGAGAAAGGCAGGCUGACGAACCGCGCACUGGCGCUGUGGGACGAGAUGAAGGAGCAGGGGCUGGCCCCGAACGUGAUCACCUACAGCGCCCUGAUAAGCGCGUGCGAGAAGGGGAAGCAGGUGGACAAGGCCCUCGAGGUCUUCCACGAGAUGAGGCUUCGGGGCGUGGCCCCGGACAUCGUGACCUACAACGCGCUCAUCUCCGCCUGCGAGAAGUGCUGUUGCCUCAAGCAGGCGCUGGAGGUCUUCGAUGAGAUGAAGGCGCGGCGGGUCACGCCGAACGUCAUCACGUACAGCGCCCUCAUCAGUGCUUGCGAGAACAGCAAGCAGCUCGAGAAGGCGUUCGCCCUCUUCGAGGAGAUGAUGCAGCAGGGCGUCGUCCCCGACGUGAUCACAUAUAACGCCCUCAUCAGCGCCUGCGAGAAGGCCAAGGAGCUCACUCCCGCGCUUGAGCUUUUCACGUCGAUGCAGGGUCGGGGCAUCACUCCGAAUGUGAUCACGUACACCGCCCUCGUCAGCGCGUGCAUGCGGGCGCAGGCCCCCGAGAAGGCCAUGGAGCUGUGCCUGGCGAUGCGGAAGCAGGGGUUGAAGCCGGACUUCGUCACCUACACCGCGCUCGUCUGGGCCGCCCCGGAAUCCGACCAGCCCGAGCAGGCCAGGCGGCUGUUGCGCUCCACCAGGGACCUGGGCCUGCCCGCCGACCCCACGGCCUACGCGGCCGUCAUCAGCACCUGCCAGAAGGGCCAGCAGUCCCAGUUUGCCACGGAUUUGUUCGAGGAGAUGCAGCGGGAGGGUCUGACGCCGGACGUUUGCACAUACAACGCCCUCAUCGGCGUCUGGUGGGGUGGAGAGGGGAGGGAGAUCCCGCGCGCGCUGCUGGACAGGGCGCGGCGGGGGAGGGAGAAGUGCCAGCAGUUGCCGAGGGCGUUGGAGUUGUUCGACGAGAUGAAGCGGAAGGGCCUCAGCCCGGAGGGGCGGUGA